AUGACGCUAACCUAUGGCUUCGCCUCGCUCGAGACUCUAGCGCCUGAGGGGGUCGAGAACGAGGCUAUCCGUAUCACUAAGCAGUGUGGCCACUUUGCCCGGACUGAAGCCGCUCGUACGGAGCAGCAUGAGAGCCCCUUUACUCCCCUCCUAGCCUACAUAGACGAGGCGAACAUCCAGCGCCAUGUCGAGCCCUGGCAGCGGAUCCUGGGCUCCCCAUCUUAUCCCGACCCGCAGUCGUACGACGCCUUCUCUGCAAGCCCGGUCCAGAUCGCCUGUAUGGACUUUUGUAUUGAACUCCUCAACCAACGGAUCGGCGUAUCGGAGUAUGAGAGCGCCUUUGUCUGUGCCUUAGCUGUCCUCGGCCGCACUUCGUACGGCUGGAUGGAUACUGACAGUUACCCCCCAAUCCUGUCAAAGAUCCUCAAGAUUGCCCGGUUUAUCGUCCUCCACAAGGCGGUCCGACUUGAUCCGUACGUGGACGAGCUGAUUGCCUCCUUCCAGGGCCAUUCCAGCAAGCUGGUUCUAUCUGCUGAGACCCCAUUUGACGAGCCUGGCUAUCUCCUCUCUGGGUACGAUCAUCUUUCUCGUACGAUAAGCCCACAGGCCCUUUCAGUGCACGGCGAGAGCGACGCUGAGGUCGAGCAGGACCAGGCGGCGCCUCUCCAGUUCACCCAGGAACAGCGCCAGCGGCCACGGCGGUUCACCCAAUGGCUCCAUCUGAUGGUCACACGGUUUAUGGUACGAGGCUCGCAGACACCGAUCCAGUGGCUACUCGAUCUCCGUUCGUACGGCCUCAAGGUCCACUUUAAUAGUAGUCAGCCUGGGUUUAUUACCUGGACUGGCGAGGACCGGAUUCUCUACAAGGAUCUCCACUUCACCAUGCGGGACUUUCGUGCGUUUAUCCAUGGCCUGACGCACGCCCUCCAACAGAUCCUGUACGACGAGCUACUAGUCUGCAGGGCCGAGGCCCUUCCUCCUAUCCCAUGGGAUGCUUUGAUGGACGAUCCCGCACAAGGCCAGCCGGGCUGGAGCUUUCUCAAUGACCCUCGUACGAAGCUGCCAGUCAACGGAGCCGAGUGGAUGAUGACACGUAUAUCCAGAGAGGCCAGCCUCCAGCGACUCUUCCUCGACUCCCAAAAGGGCCAGUUUCGUACGACCGCAAUCCGGAGCUAUCUUCGAGCGGUUGUCCGUUUCCGAGAAAAGCUGAGCGUCGCGGUUCAUAUCACUGGUGGGCAGCCUAGCCGGGCCCCUGAGCUUCUCUCCGUACGACACCGUAAUACGGAGACUGCUCACCGGAAUGUCUUUAUCGAGGAUCGGCUCGUUGUGAUUGCGACCAGCUACCACAAAGGCUUUUACACGCGGAACGAUACAAAGCUGAUCCAUCGCUAUCUUCCACGUGAGGUCGGCGAGUUGCUCGUACGAUACCUCUGGCUAGUCCUUCCCUUUCUGGAGCGGUUGCAGGUUCUGACCCCAGAACAAACUCCAGCUCGUACGGCAGAAGCAUAUGUCUGGGCCCCAGACCCCAGCACCGGCCGGGUCUGGUCAUCCGGUCGGUUCCGCGAGGCCCUCCGCAAUGAGAGUGCGAUUGGGCUCCAUGGCCACACACUUAAUAUCUCGUCUUACCGGGAUAUUGCCAUUGGGAUCAGCCGCCGCUUCCUUCAUACAGCGAGCGCCUUUCCACCGAAUUCGUACGAAGAGGGCGAUACCGAAAAGGAGCUUGAGGAUGGCAGCCCAUUCAUCCCACGUGGCGGGGUUUAUCUACGGACGAGAGAUCACUGA